UGAAUUAAGUCAAAUAGCUAUUGAAAAAAUUUUGUGCAUAUAAAUUUCUGUUAACAAAUUUUAUUCAUUAUUUCAUGUCUUAGGAAUGCUUAAUUAGGCUUAAGAUGAUUUGGGAACUUUUCUUAAAAGUUGUGUUCGAGCAACAUCUGAUUGUUUAAACUUAAAUUCAUUUAUCGGUAUACAAAUUUAUGGAAUAAGGAAGGUAUAUUAAAGGGCAUGUAAUGGGAUUGCUUUAUGUGAUGAUUCAUUGUUGUUGGUGGGAUUUGAAAGUAGAGGAAUAUUUAAAAGUAGAGGAGUAUGAAGUAGUCAAUUUCCAAUUAAGUUCGAUUGUUGAUCUUAUUGAAGGGAGCGGUCACCUCCGUCUUGGGUUGGUUUCGCCGGGGCUUUAUCAAGGUGAUACAGCGUUGUUCCACCGUCGCCGGACGGUAUAUAUUUGGAUAUCUUCGUCGGAUCCCUUCAUUUCUGAUAAAAUUCAGAAUAUCUCUGCUCUUAUAUUUGGCAAUCUCUCAUUUUACAAUUUGCGAAGCUCAGGAAUUCUCGGAGUAUUGGAGACAAGGUGGGCGCACGAGCACUGGCAAAGGAGAGCAACUUAGGCGAGUGUCAGCAAGGGUGGUAGGAAGUGGGCGGGAGCGUACAACUACAUCGAGCACAGCAAAUCAGCCACAGGUUUUGUUAUCGGGAGUUGGUACCUCCUGUUUUACUGUUUCCCUUUUGGUGUUUGCUAAAUUACUGUUACUUUACUUCGUAAUAGUUAAACCUUUCAACUAGGAUACUAGUUACCACGUGUUUUCCUUCUAGUUUGAUUUGUGUACGUUGUGCACUAGCGAGUCUUCUCUAGGUUGUUGUAGGUGUAGUGGCUGCAGUCUGGGAUAAUAGAAUAAGGGCAUGUCCUCGGGGUGGGGCAGAGUGUGGGGCGGGGUUC